AUGGUAGGACUUGGGCCUCGUUUUAUAGGAUCCAUGGCCGAUGUGCCAAAGGAUCUUUUGCAGGAGAUUAAGAGACUGGAAGAUCUGUUCACCGUUCCAAAGGCCAAGCUGAAAGAGAUCACCGAUCACUUCGUUAAUGAGCUCACCAAAGGUCUUACCGUUGAGGGUGGAAGCAUCCCCAUGAACCCAACAUGGUGUAUGGCAUUCCCAGAUGGACACGAGAAGGGCACCUUCCUUGCUCUAGAUAUGGGCGGAACCAACCUUCGUGUUUGCGAGAUCAUCUUGACCGACGAGCAAGGUGAAUUUGACAUCAUCCAGAGCAAGUACCGCAUGCCCGAGGAGCUCAAAACUGGGCACGCUGAAGAACUGUGGGAGUACAUUGCGGAUUGCCUUCAACAAUUUAUUGAGCACCACCAUGGAAAUGAGAAAGUGGGUAGCCUUCCUCUCGGGUUUACCUUCUCUUACCCCGCCACCCAAGACUACGUAGACCAUGGAGUUUUGCAACGUUGGACCAAGGGCUUCGACAUCGACGGAGUUGAAGGAGAAAACGUCGUGCCCAUGUUCGAGGCGGCCAUUGCUAAGCGAGGCGUGCCUAUCAGACUCACAGCUCUGAUCAACGACACCACCGGAACCCUGAUUGCCUCGGCAUACACCGACACCAAGAUGAAGAUCGGUUGCAUCUUCGGCACCGGCUGCAACGCGGCUUACAUGGAAAAUUGCGGCUCCAUCCCCAAGCUCGCCCACAUGAACCUGCCUCCCGACACGCCAAUGGCCAUCAACUGCGAAUGGGGUGCCUUCGAUAACGAGCACAAAGUCCUCCCCCGUACCCCCUACGACGUAAUCGUCGACAAGGAGUCCCCCCGUCCCGGACAACAAGCCUUCGAGAAGAUGAUUGCCGGCUUGUACCUCGGCGAGCUCUUCCGUCUUGCUCUGGUCGACCUCCACGACAACAAGGAAGUCCACAUCUUCGAAGGUCAGAACAUCGAUAAGCUCCGCAAAGCUUACACCUUGGACUCCUCCUUCCUCUCCGCCAUCGAAGAAGAUCCUUUCGAGAACCUGCAAGAGACAGGCGACCUCUUUGCAAACAGACUCAGCAUCACCGCCACGCGCCCAGAGCUGGAGCUCGUCCGCCGCCUCGCAGAACUCAUCGGUACCCGUGCCGCCCGCUUGUCCGCCUGCGGUGUCGCGGCCAUCUCCAAGAAGAAAGGCUACGACAGCUGCCACGUUGGCGCUGACGGGUCCGUCUUCAACAAGUACCCGCACUUCAAGCAACGUGGCGCCGCUGCCUUGCGCGAGAUUCUGGACUGGGCCCCGAAGAAGAGCAGCAAGGAUGAAGACCCAAUUGAGAUCCUGGCUGCGGAGGACGGGAGCGGAGUUGGUGCUGCAUUGAUUGCGGCGUUGACGCUGAAGCGCGUGAAGGAGGGGAACAUGGCAGGGAUUUUGCACCCGGAGAACUUCAAGUAG